AUGUCGGCACCAAUCUCAGAGCCGUUUGACCUUUUGCGUCUCUCCUUGGCAGAGCGCGUGCUGAUCAAAUUGAGAGGAGAUCGUGAAUUGAGAGGAACGUUGCAUGCUUAUGAUGGGCACAUGAAUUUGAUAGUCGGAGACGUGGAGGAGACGGCUUAUGUGGUCAAUGUGGACGAGAGCGGAGAGCCGGGAGACAUUAGUGUCAUCAAGAAGCAGAGUGAGAUGAUGUUCGUGCGAGGAGAUGGUGUGAUUCUGGUGAGUACCGUCCGUGCGGUUGAGGCGCAGGUCAUUCGUUAG